UUGCUGUCUGUGUAUAUACCACAGUCUCAUUUGGAUUCCGUCCUCCUUCUCAGCUUAAAACAAAGCUCAGAUUUUUAUUCCGAGCUUUUCAGACAUGGGUUUCCCAGCUAACGGCUCAGCUGAAACCAAGCCCCUCAAGUUUCUGAUCUACGGCAGAACUGGCUGGAUAGGCGGCUUGCUGGGAAAGCUAUGCGAAGCUCAAGGGAUCAAUUACACAUAUGGGUCAGGUCGGCUCGAGAGCCGGGAAUCAUUGGAAUCCGAUAUUGCUAGUGUUAACCCGACCCAUGUCUUCAAUGCCGCCGGCGUCACGGGUCGUCCCAACGUCGACUGGUGCGAGUCCCACAAAGUUGAGACCAUCCGGACCAACGUUGUCGGCACGCUGACGUUGGCUGACGUGUGCAGGGAGAAAGGUUUGAUCUUGAUUAAUUAUGCUACCGGCUGCAUUUUUGAGUAUGAUGCGGCUCAUCUACUCGGGUCGGGUGUUGGAUUCAAGGAGGAGGAUACUCCCAACUUUAUUGGAUCUUUCUAUUCCAAGACCAAAGCCAUGGUUGAAGAUUUGCUUAAGAACUAUGAGAAUGUCUGCACAUUGCGUGUACGGAUGCCCAUCUCAUCUGAUUUGGCCAAUCCUCGUAAUUUCAUUACCAAGAUCACUAGAUAUGAGAAGGUGGUAAAUAUACCAAACUCGAUGACAAUCUUGGAUGAACUCCUUCCCAUUUCCAUUGAAAUGGCAAAAAGGGACCUCACCGGCAUAUGGAACUUCACAAAUCCUGGAGUUGUCAGCCACAAUGAAAUCCUGGAGAUGUACAAAGAAUAUAUUGACCCAAAGUUUACAUGGAAGAAUUUUACCCUUGACGAGCAAGCAAAGGUGAUAGUUGCCCCACGGAGCAAUAAUGAGCUCGAUGCGACAAAACUAAAAAAUGAAUUUCCUGAACUCUUAUCCAUUAAGGAAUCCCUCUUAAAGUACGUGUUCAAGCCAAAUCAAAAGACCGCUGCUUGAAACUUAGAGAUAUGAAGUUUGUUGUCCAAUAUUUUUUAUUUCAGGGAGGUUCAAGAUGAUCUCUCCAUUAUAUGGUUGCUCUUCCUAAACAGGCAUGUAUGAUUAGCCCUUCUCUGUACCCAAUAUGUUGUUGCAUUUGUAUUUUCUCCAUGAUGAAUAAAUCAGUUUCAAUGUUUUGAGCUUUACACUA